UAUUCUUCUAACAGCAUAUAUACAUCAGAAGAGACUACUGUUGUCAGACAUGCUGAUUCAACUUAGCUAUUUCACAUUUUACAGUGGAUUUCCCAAAGAGAGGCUGAACGUUCAUAAGUUCAGACUGUCAACAAAUGAAACUCCUGAGAAGCAACAGAGCAGUCGACCCUUGUCAGAGAAGAGGAACGUUCCAAGCAGCCAACGACUGAAAACCAGCCAAGCACAACAACCUAUGGAGGACUGAGACAAUAGAAGUGAAAUCUCUGAGAUGGAUAACACAAGCUUUGAGAAAAGGGAGUUUAUAAGUGUCUGGGUACGGGAUCCUCAGGUUCACAAGGAGGAUUUCUGGCACACGUACAUCAGCUAUGAGAUCUGCCUUCACACCAAUAGUAUGUGUUUCCGUAAGAAGACCUCUUGUGUGAGGAGAAGGUAUAGUGAGUUUGUUUGGCUGCGUCAUAAACUACAAGACAAUGCUUUGCUCAUAGAAUUGCCUAAACUUCCUCCUUGGAACCCUUUCUUUAAUCUCAACAAUGAAUUCCACAUCACACAACGGAUGCAGGGGCUGCAGCAGUUUCUUGAGGCAGUUCUGCAGACACCGCUACUGCUGUCAGACAGCCGGUUGCACCUGUUCUUGCAAUCACAGUUGAGCAUUGCAAAAAUGGAUGCAUGUGCACAGGGACACACACAUUACACCGUUGCACAGGCAAUCCAGCGAUGUGGCGGCGAAGCACGUUUCCCUGUGGAGGAACAACAUCAAGAAGACAGCAAAACAUGCUGCGACUCAGACUGUGACAGCACAACAUCUUCUGGCUUAGGCUGCAGUAUUGAACCUGCCACUCUUGUUGAACAAGAUUUGUCACAUAAUGAGAGGUUUGCCCAUGAAUUUCAAGCCACAAACCCCGAGGCAGAGCUUUGUAGCAGCCUGUCUUCAUCGCCUCAUGGCCAUUCAGUUAUAUGAACCCAAGAGAUGUAUGUAAAACACACAGAUACUCUUUCAAAAAGAGACCCAAUUGCUGCUUAGAACCUCCAAAGUUAUAUUUGGAUGGAUAAUUAGGGAAAAAAGAUAUUGUUUGUUUUAUUGAGUGUCCUUAUCGGUAUUUUAAAAAUAUAAUCAUAUAUUUUCUUUACUUAAAUAUCAAUGGUUGCUGUAAUACAUUGUCCUCCAUUAAAAAAAAGUCUGACCUGGAUUAAAAAAAAGAUGACUAGUGUAUAAUGUAAGCAAGUGAAUGAUAGACUGAAUUAUAAAUGUUUUUUAUGACACUGCCUUUAAGGAGUCCACUGGGUUCAAUGUGUGCUUGUCAAAGAAGCAUUUUAAACCACUUUAGCAUUUUCUUCUGUACAGAUGUGUUUUUGUUCAUUAGAUUUUUAAAAUAAUUUCAGUAAGAGCCUUCUUAAGAAUUCUUAUUUUGUCAGCAUUGAUGAAAAUGGAUGUUGCCGACUGAAUAUGUUUUUUUAGUUCAUUUUUAUUGUGAUUUUGUGUAUGUUAAAUUAAUAAAUAACCUUUUUUUUAAA